UAAACAGAUUUAAUUAAUAAAAACAUAAAUGCAUUUCAAUUUUUUUUAUGUUAGAAAAGUGUUUAAUUGACGGUCUUUGUCAAAUGGAAGGAAUAGUAUCUAUUAGUAUUAGUGAGACAGAUCUGAUCUUUAAUUUCUAACAAUAUUAAUUAGAGAUCAACCCGUGCAGUAUAUCUAUAUGUUGAUCACGAUAGAAUUUCGGAAUUAGGAUUAGAAAAUCUUAAAGAAUAUUAGUACUCCAUUUUUUUUAUUAUAACUUUCAUUUGAGGUUUUUGCAUACAUAUUAAAAAUGAUUAAUUUCUGUGUUUUUCUAUUUAAUAUAUUAAUUUGUUUGAUUUUGUUAACUAAUGAGCUAAAAGUAAUAGUAAAAACUGAAAAAUAUUUAAUAUUUGCCUUGAAAUUUAAAACCACGUUUAUAAUAAAAUAAAAUUUAAAAACUAAAAUAAUACUUAAUAUGAAAUGAAAGGAAUAUAAAUAUGUAAAAUAUUAUAAAUGCAUAUUAAAAAAAAAACUAAAAGCAGAGGAAAACAAACAAAAACUGCAAAUGGGACUCUAAUAUGGAUUCAUCAUUCAAUGCACUGAGAAGUAUAGGAAACCAACCAAGUUGUUCCACGUCUGCUUCUGCCCGUUACAAAAACUUAUUCUCCAGAAAAUCUCUUCAUUAAGUUGCUGCCUCUCACGCAAACCAUGCUUAAUCCUCCACGCAACCAUAUAACCAUUUCUCACCUACCAGUUCUCUAUGCAACUCUAAAAACCAGGCCAAAAAAUUAGCUGAAACCUCUUUAAGUUCUUUACCUUUUUUAGUUCACUUAUUAGCUUCCCUCUCUCCAAAUUAUCCUUUGUUAUACGCCAAAAAAUGUCAGGAACAUCAAAUUUAGAGUCAUUUGAUCCAGAAGUCUGUGAAGGAUGUUCUUUCAAGACUUCGGGACCGAAAGUCCCUGAAGAGGGUAGAUCAAAAACCAUGACGCAGAGCAUUGUUCAUGAGCUCAAGCUUCAAAUGAGAAUUGGUUUACCAUUGGUGGCUAUGAACUUCUUGUGGUUCGAUAAGCUAACCACUACAUCUGUCUUUCUUGGACAUCAAGUUUCAGAAAUGGCAAAGACAAGAGGACAAGUUGGUUCUCGUCGGAGUAGACGUAAUCAAGGCUUGGAGGUAGUAGAUCAAGAGGACAAGGCACCGCAACUAAAAGUGAAGAAAAGAACAGCAAAGAAAACGGCUUCCCCUAAAAAGAAUUUAGUUUUAACGCCAACGAGAAGAAGUAGUAGAAUCAAGAAAGUGGCUGCUGAAGAUGAUUACAUAGAAGAUGUAACACCAUCUGACGAUGAUGAGGUAGAAGAUGUUACACCUCCUAAGGAUGAUGAAGUACAAGAUGUAACACCUGCUCAGGAUGAUGAAGUAGAAGAUGUAACACCCGAAGAUAAGGAUGAUCAGGCUGAGAAGUCAAUGUCUGAAGAAGAUAAAGACGAUGAAGAGGAUGUCAAUGGGAAAGAGGAUGAAGAAGAUGGCGAUGUCAAUGGGAAAGAGAAUGAAGAAGAUGGAGAUCUCAAUGGGAAAGAGAAUGAAGAAGAACCGGCCAAUAUGGAAGAUGAUGGAGUUCUUAAUGAGAAAGGGAACGAAGAGGAAGCUUGCGAAGAAGAAGCUCGCGAUAUGGAAGAAGAUGGCACUGCGCAAGAUGAUGAGAUUCCUAGUACUGAAGGAGUUGAGCUAGCAGGGGAGGAAGUUCAAAAAAAAAUAAAAGAGGACCUACAAAGUUGCGUAGAGUGGCUGAAAAUCCCAAUGAUAAGAUUAUGGUCACAUUCAAUGACAUUGGUGAGCAUGUUGGACCUGGUUCAGUAACACUAUCGUCGUUUCUUGGUCCUCUUGUGAGGGAACAUGUUCCGGUUACACUUGCCGAUUGGAGAAAACUUGAUGCAGCGACUAAAGCAACAAUGUGGGAAGAAAUUCAGGUUUGUAUAUAUAUUAGUAUGUUUUGUUUAACCGCAAGAUGAAAUUAUAAACAUGUUUAACUUGAUUAUUGUGAUGCAGGGGAGGUUUAACUUGCAAGAAGAGUGGCAGAAAGCUGUUAUUUUCAAGCAGCUGGGAAAUGUGUGGAGGGCUGGGAAGUCGAGGCUGGUGUCACAAGUACGUGUGGCGAAGACUGCAGCUGAGAGAAUAGCUUUAAAACCGAGCAACAUCCCAUCCCUUCAACUGUGGAACACUUGGGUUAAGAGUAAGACUACCAAAUCUUUCACAGUGAGUUAUCUACAACUAAGUAAGUUUCAUCCUUAAAGGUCAUGUCUGAUGGAUAUAAUCAAUGUCAUAUUUAUAUUGUAGGAAACGAGUAACAAGUACAGAGCGAUGAGAAGAAAUCAGAUUCCUCACACCACCAGCCGCAAAGGAAUGCUUCGUUUAGCUGAUGAUAUG